AUGAACUUAAAAUUGGUAGGUAUUACAAAUUUAACGUUAUGUUUAUUUUUACUGAUAAAAAAUGGCAUUUUGAGUAGAUUUUCAGCUAUUUUUUUAUGCCUACUCUAACAUCCCACCUUUCAGCUAGUAAACCUCCAGCGCCAAUACUUUCUAACCCACAAAACCAAAUCAAUUGAAUGUAGAAAAGACCUAUUAAAAGCCCUACAAAGUGGCAUUCAAAAAAGUUUGGACAGUUUGACAGAAGCCGUCUACGAGGAUUUGAAGCGGAGCCCCAAGCUGACCGAAAAGCAUGAAUUGGCUCCGGUCUCUCAUGAAAUAACAAAUUUUGUGAAUAAGAUUGAGGAAUGGGCUCAGCCACAAAAGGUAAUAUAAGUUAAUGAAAAAAAAUCUAAAUUUUUUAUUUUAAAAAUUUAAAAAAAUUCUACAUAACAUAGUCAUAUGAUACCAAUAUAUAACAUUUCAGCUCUCCACAACCCCUCAAGGACGUCCAUUUUUGUACAAAGAUCCCCUUGGAGUGGUCUAUAUUAUAGGUCCCUACAACUACCCAUUAGCCUUGAAUUUACUUCCAGCUGUCGCGGCUAUAGCUGCUGGUAAUACAGUAGUCAUAAAGCCUUCGGAAUUGGCUCCGUUUUCCGCCCAAGCCCUAGAUGAAGUUGUCAAACGAAAUUGUAAUGAGGUAGGCUUUUUUGGUUAUAAAUUUAAGUUUAGUUUGCCCAUGCCUUACCCUAGUAAGUCUAAAGCGGUCAGCCUAAAAUUGAACCUACUAGAUUAAGCCCGCUAAUUCUAAAAUUUAUAAUCCAAUGCCUACUAAGCCAACGCCUACUAAGCCAAAGCCUACUAUAUCUAACCCUACAAUAUCUAAUACAACAUAAAACAACCAAUUUUUCAAUUUUUAGCACCACCUAACCACAGUUACUGGUGGAUUUGAUGUUACAAUGCGACUCUUAUCCGAGAGAUUUGACCACAUUUACUAUGCUGGAUCGCCACGCAUUGGAAGGCUUGUUAUGCGCGAAGCUUCCUACUACCUAACACCAGUUACUCUGGAGCUUGGAGGUAAAAAGUAAGUUUACAAUGUUAAUAUUAGCAUAAGUUUUUUAAUUUGAAAAAUGUAAUUUUACCCGUCUUUUACAACUAAAGUUACGAUUAAUAGAUAUCAAUGUUACCUAAAAUCACAAGAAAAUCCUAAUAAAAACGUCGUUAAACUCUUCUAAAGGUUUCAUAAUCAUUUUAUCCUACUCAGCUAUGCUCUCAGUCUUUUCAUACCAACCUUGAACAAACCUAAACAUUCAACAAAAUAAUAAAAUACUUACCAAAUUCCAUUGAAAUCGAGAUCAAUCUUCUUCUAAACCAAAACAGUCCUUUCAAAUGCCAAAUCUUCAUCAAAUUUCUGUAAAACCAUGCUCCAAAAAUCACAUUCAAUCAUUUUAACGUCGUUUUAAAAUCUUUUUCAAUAGAUUAGAAGCUUGUUGACGUUUUGAAUUAAAUAUUGUAGGUAGAUUAGCUCGAACAGUUGAAAAAGGCAUGAUUUUUACCACUUCAAAACCAAUUUUUUGCUUGAAUAACAAAACGAAUGUUUGAAGAAUGUAAAAACAUAUCAAUUCUAUUACAAAAUUAAAUAAUAUUGACAGAUGUACUACAAUAUACAUCAAAAAAACAAAGAGCUUCUCAAAAAACUCGAUCGAAAAAACGAAAAUUUGAACGUGUUUUUUCCCGCGGUUUUUUUUAAUUUUUAUUAGUUUCUUGAACAAUUUUAGGCCAAACUUAAAAAUUAAUGUUUAUUCGAUAAUAUAUUGGCCUUUCAACACUUCUUUUUUAUAUUUGAAAUUUUUUAAACAAUCUAUCAUGAAACGUAUUUUACUUUAAUAUUCCAUCACUUUCAGUCCAGUGAUCGUUUAUCCAGACGCUGAUAUAGACAGUUUGGCCGAGCAACUGAUCAGAGGAAAGUGGUUGAAUUGUGGACAACAUUCCCUCCAUGCCGAUUACAUUGUGAUCUUUGACAAUGAAACAAAGGAAAAGUUGAGACAUGCAUUGAAGAGACAUAUUGAACAUCAUUUCGGUCGAAGACCGAAGGAAUCGCCCUUGUACAGUCGGUUGAUCAACAAAGAGAAUUUUAAGUGAGUUUUUGUAGAAGAGGACCACUUUGUGCCAUUUUGAACCAUUAGGUCUUUGAGUUAUCAAAUCUUUAUCUAAGUAUGUGUCGAAAAAGUUUUGUCGUUUUUUUCACGUUGAAAGCAAUACAAAUCGACGACAAGGCUUUUUUUGACCCCUGAAUCAUUAAAAUUUUAAAAAAUUAAAAAUCAAAAACUUUUCAAAAAAAAUUAAUUUUCAGCAGAGUAUCAGACUUGUUAUGGAAAACGAACGGUGAAUUCCUCUACCAAUCGCCUGACCCAGAAGACGCGGAUGACAACUUCAUUGGUCCCCAUGUAAUCGAAGUCAAAAAUGACGACAUUUUGAUGGAAGAUGAAGUGUUUGGACCAAUCUUGCUUGUCGUCAAGUUUGAGAAUGAACAUGAAGCUGUUGAAUAUAUAAACUCCAAUGAGAAGCCAAUGGCAUUAUAUGUGUUUACCAAGAAACAGGCUAAUGCUGACAUGUUUAUUCAUCGUACUUCAAGUGGAGGCGUUUGUAUCAAUGGGAUUUCGGAUCAUGCUCAAGGUAAGAAGGAAAGCUUUUUAUGUUGUGAGCUAUAGCAAUCAUGGCAUGGUUGAAAAGAGGACGAAGGGGGAGGGGAUGGGAAGGGAGAGAGGAAGAGUAGGUAGGGUUUGGGUCUUGAAAGGUCAUUCUUUGUACCGGUCGGGGUAGGUGAAUAUGUUAGAGCUUAACAAAGCAGCGCAAUGUAUACCACAGCUGAGUAGAGAAAUGUAAGGUAGGUGUGGUAGUGCAAGAUAGGGAAGGUUAAACUUAAAGGGAGCCACUCAGACCGGUCCAUCUCGAAGCAACUUUGAAAGGAGCCGGGCCGGAAAAUUCAGCCUGACUCCUUGACAGGGUUGGGAUGGGAUAGGGAAAAGUAGAAGUAGGGCAUGGUAGGGAAAGGUAGGACAGAAUAGGGUAUGUCAUUUUACAUUAACGCAUUUGUACUUUUCAGUUGAAGGCCUACCAUUUGGAGGUAUAGGAGGUAGUGGAACCGGUCGUUAUCAUGGAAAGUAUGGCUUUGAUACCUUUACCCAUGAAAAAGCGGUAUUUAUGAAGGACUAA